UGAUCGGGAGAAUAUGAUAUAAUCACAAUCACAAUCAACUGAAAGCAGAAACAAGGCAGGGACUGGAUCCAUGGCGAUAAACGAGCGUUCUAUAUAAAUGAUAGCCAGAAGAAACAGAGUCCAUGGAAGAGUAGCGGUAUAGAGAUGGCGAUGAAGAUAAAAGUGUGCGUGUGUGUGUAUAUGUGUCGGCGUCCGUGAUGAAUUGGUGAUCUGGUGGGUGGCCGAGACAGACGAUAGACCUAGCGGUCUGAUGCGAGUGCGAGAUGAUGAUCGACCCAAUCCCUCCAGCGCGGCAAGGCGAUUGCGCUUCUUCGACGAUUAUCCCAGCAAGAUGCGAGAUCAAACGGAAAGCUUGCGGGUCGCUCGCCCUUCCCCUAUGCAGCACUCCUCCCAGCGAUUCCAUCCCUUCCUUGCCAGUUCCUCCCCAGCUAUCUCAUUACACCCCAUCAAACCUUCCCUGCCUCGUCCCUUCGUCUCCCAAUCGUGACUUUUCCUUCGAUUUCUUUCCUCCCUCCCGUGUUCCCGUGCUCCGUCUAGAACAGUCCAACAACGCCCACCACAACCCCUCCCAAGACGGUCAACCCCAUCCCCAAUCCGAGGUCAACCUUCAGACUUCCCGCCCCGUUGGAUCCAUCGUUCAGAGCAGAGUUAACACCGCCCGUCUUUGCGGCCUGGUUGAUGGACGAUAUGUACUCGGUGUAGUCCAUGAUGGUACCCGCUGGGACGGGGUUGACUUCGCCAGGGGCGACAGUAGGGGUGGCGACGAUGGCGAUACUGGUCGACGUCCUCCUCCUGCUCGUCGUCGUCUCCUCGUCCAAAUCCGUGGUGACCCUGACCGGCGUCGUAGUGGUCGUGGGCACCAGAGGCGUAGUGGUCGUGGUAGCGACGAGCGGGAUCGAGGUGGUCGUCGGGACGAGCGGGGUGGUAGUGGUCAAGAGGGCUCCGGGGGUGGUAGUGGUACGGACGAGCCCGGUCGUAACGGCUGCAAUGGUGGAGAGGGUCUCGAUCUCCAGGGUCACUCCGGCGGCGUUAGUAGAUUGGGAGACGAUGAUGGUAUCUCCGUCAAUCCACGGCAAAGUGGUCGUAUAACGUUGAGCGCCGACGUUGAGCGUGUUGACGAACAAGGUCAACAGUGUAAAGAGGAGAACCAAGGGAGACCUGGUGGACAUGAUCGUAGCAGGCAUAGUCGGUUGGUUGAUGUUUGGUGUUUAUUGAAGGGUGGAUGGAUGGGGGAGAUAGGAAGUGAUUGUUUAGGUGGUGGUCUGGUCUGGUCGUUCUGGGCUGAAGCGGGAAAGGCGUAGUAGAUGAUGAUGGUCGUGUAGAUUGUACAGUUUGGGUUGUUAUGGCGUCGAAGUGGACACGAAGAUGAUGAGUACGAUCAGAGUACCAGAGUAGCAAUCGUCCGAUUCAGAUUCAGGUAUGGGUGAGGUCAAAGUUGCGAGAGGCGAGAGGUUGCAGAGGUUGCAGAGUGGGUUUGGUUUGUGUGAUCCAAAGAGGCGACGGCAGGCGGCGGCGGCGGGAACGAGAGAAAAGCCCGGCACAGCACAGGAGAGAGAGAGAGGGGGAGGGACGCGGGGAAUUUCA